CCGCCGCCGCCGCCGCCGCCGCCGCCACCCGUGCGGCUGGUGGAUGUGGACGACUCGUCCGGCGACGAGUCUGGCCCAGUCCAGGCGCCAGCCAUCAGCAACGAUGCGAGCAUGGAUGUGCCGGCGCUGGAGGACACACUCGACCUGGAUGACCUCAUGCACCAGAAGGCCCUGCUGCAGGCGCGGCUGGACGAGGUGUUCACCGAGGUGCGCGAGGAGCUGGCGCAGAAGGCGCCGCCGCCGCCGCCACCGGCGCCGCCCGAGAUCAUCAGCCUCGACUCGCUGCCGGCCGAGGCGGAGGUGAUCGAGUUGAGCGACGACGAGCCGCGUGCCGAGCUGGCCGGCCGUCACCAGCGCAGGUCCGGCGAGCAGGAUGGCCGCCAGGGCCGGUCGUCCCGCUCCCGUCGUGACGAGUCCCGCUCGCACCGGGAAGGGUCUCGCUCUCACCGGGACGAGUCCCGUUCUCACCGCGAUGAGUCACGCUCUCACCGAGACGAGUCCCGUUCUCGCCGGGACGAGCUCCGUUCUCACCGAGACGAGUCCCGCCCUCACCGUGAGGGGUCUCGCUCCCGUCGGGACGGGUCCCGCUCUCACCGGGACGAGUCCCGUUCUCACCGUGACGGGUCCCGCCCUCAGCGUGACGAGAGCCGCCCUCAGCGGGACGAGCCGCGCUCUCAGCGGGACGAGCCGCGCUCUCAGCGGGACGAGCCGCGCUCGCACCGCGAAGGCUCGCAUCCGGGCCGCGAGGAGCGGCGCCACUCCAGCCGUGACCGACUGCUGCAGCGACGCGAGAAGAGGCGGCUCGAGGAGGACGGCCGCCGCCCGCCUGCCGGCGACAGGGACAGGCGGAGGUCCCGCUCGCCACGGGACCGGGACCGGCGCCGCCGCCGCGAUGACGACGAGGACAAGUUCAAGGGCAGUCUGUCGGAGGGCCUGGCUGGACAGAAGGAGGAGGAGGACAGUGAUGAGCUGCUGGACCUGGAGGUGGACGAGGAGGAGGACGAGGAGGCGCUGAUCGAGCGGCGUCGCCAGGAGCGUGAGCGGCUGCUGCGCAAGCUGGGCCACGCCACCGAGGACUCAGCCACCUCGUGGUCGCAGCCGGGCAGCCCGCCAGAGCUGCGCGUCCUGGAGAGCAUGGAGACGUCACCGCAGAGCGGCGCGGCGGCCGCCAGCGGGCCCGAGACAGAGGCAAACGGCGCGGAGGCGCCGGCCCGCGAGGAGGCGCUGGCGCGCCGCAAGAGCCGCGACGCGCCGACCAGCGCCACCGACAUCUUUGCCGAGGACUUCGCCAGCCCCAGCCUGGGUGACCAGCAGGUGACCCACUUCACGGACAACCCGCACCUGCGUGACAACUGGGACGACGCCGAGGGCUACUACCGCGUCCGCAUCGGCGAACUGCUCGACGCCAGGUACGCCGUGUACGGCUACACCGGCCAGGGCGUCUUCUCCAACGUGGUGCGGGCCAGGGACCAGGCGCGCGGCAACCAGGAGGUGGCCGUCAAGAUCAUCAGGAACAACGAGAUCAUGCAUAAAACCGGCCUGAAGGAGCUGGAGACGCUGAAGAAGCUGAACGACGCCGACGCCGACGACCGCUACCACUGCCUGCGGCUGUUCCGCCACUUCUUCCACAAGUCUCACCUGUGCAUGGUGUUCGAGCCGCUGUCCAUGAACCUGCGGGAGAUUCUGAAGAAAUACGGCAAGCAGAAUGGCAAGGAGAUCGGCCUGCACAUGAAGGCGGUGCGUUCCUACACGCAGCAGAUGUUCCUGGCGCUGCGCCUGCUCAGAAAGUGUAGCAUCCUGCACGCCGACAUCAAACCCGACAACAUCCUGGUCAACGAGAACAAGCUGGUGCUGAAGCUGUGCGACUUCGGCUCGGCCAGCAACGUCGCCGACAACGAGGUGACGCCUUACCUGGUGUCGCGCUUUUACCGCGGGCCCGAGAUCAUCCUGGGUCUGCGCUACGAUUUCGGCGUCGACACCUGGUCCACGGCCUGCACGCUGUACGAGCUCUACACGGGCCGCAUCAUGUUCGCCGGCAAGACCAACAACCAGAUGCUGAAGUUCUUUAUGGACCUGAAGGGGAAGAUCCCGAACAAGAUCGUGAGGAAGGGCCAGUUUAGGGAGCAGCACUUUGACGCCAACUGUAACUUCCUCUGUCAGGAGGUGGACAAGAUCACCGAGCGGGAGAAGACGAUAGUCAUGUCUUCUAUUCCUCCAACCAGAGAUCUGCUUCAAGAGCUGGUCGGUGUACAAAACCUAUCUGCCGACCAUCUGAAGAAGGUGCACCAGCUGCGCGAGCUGCUGGAGCGGGCGCUGAUGAUGGACUCCAGCAAGCGGAUCUCGCCGUCGGAGGCUCUCCGGCACGCCUUUGUGCAGGAGAGCUUCUAGCCUGGCCGUCUCUCGGCCUUGUGUGUGUGUGGGUCGGGGGGGGGGG